AUGGAAAUGGAUCAAGAUAUGGAGCAGCAGAUGGAGCAGGAGAAUAUUCAGGAUGCAGAACUGGAGCUAGGGCCGAGACAAGGCCUGAAGUUGAGCAGCCAAAUGAAGAACCAUAUUGUACAGUUCCUACAACAGCAAUGCCAAGCUGGAGCACUGCCACAUGGUUCAUUUCAAGAGGCAGCCAAUAGAUUCAAAGUGCACAGAAUUACAGUGAGCCGAUUAUGGGGGAUAGCCAAGCAGCAAAUGUCAGAUGGGCAGCCUGUUAUCAUGAGGGGCAGAGCAUCAGGAUAUAAAAAGAAAACAGGUAAAGUGAUGAAAAGUUCAAACAAUUGUCUUUUCUUGAGAGAUCUUGCUAUAGAAAGCUUGCAUGUAAAAUGGGUGUUAGCAAGACAACAGUUGCCAGCUUUGGAUGAAGGAAAGCUUCUUUAUCAUGCUAUGCACAAUACAGUUCAUAUUGAUGAGAAAUGGUUUUACAUGACAAAAGCUUCAGACAGAUACUACCUGCCACAGUUUGGCACAGAUGGUCAGACCAUCUUUGAUGGUAAAAUAGGCAUAUUCCCAUUCACAGAACAAGUUCCAGCCAAAAGGAAGUCCAAGAAUAGGCCAAGAGGGACAUUAGAGACUAAAUCUAUACCAUCAGUUAACAAGGAAACAAUGAGAGAAUGUCUCUUGAAUCAGAUUAUUCCAACAAUCAAGGCAAAGUGUCCAGCCAAUGCUUGUAAAUCUAUAGACUACAUUUUGUAUGUAUUCAAAGGCUGUAAUUUUGCAAAUCAGAGCCUCCAAACUAUCAAAGGGGUGGCUAGGUUCACAAAAAAACAACAAAUACAGAGACAUCAUAGCUGA